CGUCCCAACUCUGACGUCACCCUGUUGAAGUUGACGUUUUAAACGCUUAAUGUACGAGUUAAGGUAGGGUUAAGGUUUGGUAAGGGUUAUGGUAAUGGUAAUGGUAAUGGUAAGGGCCAUUCGUAUGGUUAGGGUUAGGGUAGGGGUUAAGGUUAGGGUUUAGGGACGUCCCAAGGAUUCAGGAUAGCACUAACCGUAGUAACGCUCUGCAGCAACUGACACUUCUGUAGUCGGGAGUGAAUGCACAUUUUACAGUCUGUGGUCGCUAAGUAGCUAGCUCAGCAGCAGUAGCAUCAUGGCGGAGCAAGGCGAAUCUCCGGCUCCUGUCCAGAAUCCGCAACCAGUGCUGACAACGAGCUGGCCAAUUACCAGGGAGUCGUACGAGUUACAGGAAGUCAUAGGCAGUGGGGCCACAGCCGUAGUGCAGGCUGCCCUCUGCACCCCCAGACAGGAACGCGUGGCCAUAAAGAGAAUCAACUUGGAAAAAUGCCAGACCAGCAUGGAUGAGCUAUUGAAAGAAAUUCAAGCCAUGAGCCAAUGCAACCAUCCAAAUGUUGUCACCUACUACACCUCAUUUGUGGUAAAGGAUGAACUUUGGUUAGUCAUGAAACUUCUGAGUGGAGGAUCCAUGUUGGAUAUAAUAAAGCAUACCUUUAGCAGAGGAGAGCACAAAAAUGGAGUUCUAGAUGAGCUCAUCAUUGCAACCAUACUAAAAGAGGUCCUUGAGGGGCUGGACUACCUGCAUAGAAACGGACAGAUUCACAGGGAUGUGAAGGCUGGGAACAUUCUGUUGGGAGAGGAUGGAUCUGUUCAGAUUGCAGAUUUUGGAGUUAGUGCCUUUUUGGCCACUGGAGGAGAUAUGACCAGAAACAAAGUACGGAAGACUUUUGUGGGCACACCAUGUUGGAUGGCCCCUGAGGUGAUGGAACAGGUACGAGGCUAUGACUUCAAAGCAGACAUUUGGAGUUUUGGAAUCACUGCCAUAGAGUUGGCCACAGGGUCUGCACCUUACCACCGAUACCCACCCAUGAAGGUCUUAAUGCUGACCUUACAGAACGAUCCUCCCACCCUAGACACGGGUGUGGAGGACAAAGAGAUGCUGAAAAAAUAUGGGAAAUCGUUUAGGAAGCUAAUAACCCUGUGCCUUCAGAAGGAGCCUGCCAAGAGGCCUACAGCAGCAGAACUUUUGAAAUGUAAAUUUUUCCAGAAAGCCAAGAACAGAGAAUAUCUGAUCGAAAAGCUGCUAUGCAGAGCCCCGAACAUAACCCAGAGAGCCAAAAGGGAGCCAGAGCAGAAUUCCAGGAGCAUGGGCUCUGUGUCAGGUUCAGCGAAAGAACUUGAUGCCAUCAGAAGGGUGAGGAGAGUUCCAGGGUCCAGCGGCCACCUGCACAAGAUGGAGGACGGAGACUGGGAGUGGAGCGAUGACGAGCUCGAUGUAGGGAGUGAGGAGGGCAAGGCUGCUGUCAAUCAAGGCAGGUCGCGAAGGCUCAGAGAGGACAACGAAGACGAGGGCGAAGAUGAUGAGGAGAAUGCCAAUAGUGUUCCCAUUGAAGGGCUAUCCAUUCAGCAUCCCCAGGUGCAACCGUUUGAGAAGAACACAGGGCCCUAUAUUCAAGUUGCUCUGAAUAUGGUCCUAAGGCUAAGGAACUCCAGGAAGGAGCUGAAUGACAUCCGCUUUGAGUUCACUCCUGGCCGAGACACGGCUACUGGGGUUUCCCAGGAACUGUUCUCAGCUGGUCUUGUCAAUGGUCACGAUGUUGCUGCCGUUGCGGCUAACCUUCAGAAGAUUGUAGAUGACCCGACCACCUACAAAGUGUUGACCUUUAAACUGGUUUCUGGCUGUGAUGACACGGAGAUCGCAGAUGACGUGAAGCUGAUCGGCUUCGCCCAGCUGAGUGUUAGCUGAUGCCCCCCUCAUCAUGGCCAAAGCGGUUGAGAUGGAGGAGGUGGGUCAGAGCAGACAGACAGACAGACCGAGAAGCACCAGACACACCCCUUUCUCCCUUUCUUCCAUUCUCCCCUCCCUGCCCUGAUGCCCAGCUCUGUCACAGUUCAGCUAGCCCCCCCUCCCCGACGACAUUCCACCGCCAAGAACCCCCACCCAGGCCAGACGAGCGGACGGACCAGGAUUCAGCCCAGGAAACUAAAGAUGUACACAGGCGGUAGUAGCUGAGGAUAAAACAAAGUGGCUUAGGAGUUGUUGUUUUUUUUAUCAUGGUACCUCUGCUUUCAGCGAAACUCUUACUAUUAUUUAUUACAUUGAGAAUGCCUUUUAUUUGUUUCUCACUGUUGUGUUUUCACAGUGAAAAAUAUAUUCUUCAACUUCCAUUUCAGACCACUCAUUUGAGAUAAAGAAAUGUUCCUCAGCGGUCUGUAUUGUAGUCCCUGUUCAGAAUGUACGAUUUAUUUUAUUGACGGAGAAAAAAAAGCACAUUUUCGUGAUAAACAUAAUGAAUGUUUUAAAAGGAAUUAACUGUACUGUGUAUAGAUGAUAGUAAACCAAUACAUUUAUGGGACCCAUUUUCGGUGAAAGUGAUGGAAGCCUGCUGACGUGUAAAAUGUGCUGCUUCUUCAUAAGACAGUGUUGAUGCUUAAAAAUGCUAGAGGUGCCUUGUUCAUUGAUCUGUGCCUAAGAACGUAGGUAAUGUGUGAGACCGCGAACAGCAGAACUUUGUUUGUUUGGACCAUUUCACAAACAUACAUGCCUAUAUUCCAGCAGUGAUACAACUCAAUGGUAGUAUUUUCUCAAGUCAAUAGUUAAGGACAAGCUACAAUGCACUUUUGGGGCAGAUUAUAUGCACCUGACAAAACAAUGCUUAGCCCUGGGAGACUUGUGUUAUGAAUUGUAAUGAGAAUUUAACCUGUAUUCUUUGUCAUUACAUAAUGGUGAUUUGAACCAUAACCCAAACCUUAAUUCUGUAAUAUGCUUCAGUUAAUGUGUUUUCCCGAAGCCAAAUUAAUUGAUAAAAUCUUGAAAAACUCAGUUUCUUGCUCUGACUUACUGCACUACAAGAUGUUUUUUCCGACAUAUUAUUCUCUGAAAUGUACUGUAUAACAAUGCAUCCGCAAACGAAACCCAAAGGAAAUGAUUGAAAUGUUGAUGAGCCAUUCAUUUGUCCAAAACAAGUACAGUAGCUCUAAAUUAUUUUCUAAAGUAUUGAAAGUGGUAAACAAAUAUUAACUUGUUCUAAAUACUUUAUUUCAAUAGGUAAGUUAUUGUGUUUUCUAUGUACAGUAGUUGUACCAUUUACGCAUAUUAUCUUUGUUCUGUAAUCGGCUGAUUAAAAACAUUUCUGCAGAGGA